AUGGGGAAGAAUCAAGCUUACAAGGCUAUGCAGAGAUCUAGGGUCGGCUCCAGCUCGGCGCAGCCGGAGGAGGUUGAAGACGGAAUGGUGGAUGGUUCAUUUCAUACACCAGAGUGGCAUGCGGCUCGUUUGGCUAGUCUCAAGACUACACACACCAUCACAUGGGAAGAAUAUAAGAAGAAGCAAAAGGAAGAAGAAAUGAAGAAGGGAGAACUUGAAGCAGAUACGGAUAAACUGAUGCGUGAGUAUAGAGCUCAGCUGGAUGCAGAAAGGUCCUCGAAACUCUCCAAAGGAAGGAACUAUUCUAGUGAUAAGUCCCGAAAAGAUAAGAAAGACAGAGAUUCAAAGAAGAAGAAAAGCAAAAAGAGAAAGCAUUAUUCGUCCUCAGAGUCGUCAUCUAGUAGCGAUGAAGACGAAUCUAGAAGGUCAAGAUCAAGUUCUAAAAGAUCGAAGAAGGAGAAGAAGCACAAGUCCAGCAGAGAGAAACACUCUAGCAAAAGUAAAGACGAAACUGAUGGCCCUGUACCACUCUCUAGAUUCUUUGGCAAUCUGAAGAGCUGA